AAGACUUAGUUGUUGAUUGGCUUAAUGCUGAACCUUAGGAAUGUUGAGCAAAGGUGAGAAAUAAGUCUUCAAAGCCACUACAACAACAGGAACUGUACACUGGCUGUGGGCCAAAGGUGGUGAGAGUUGCUGGUGUAGCACAAUGCAGUAGGCUGUUGGCUGUAAUCACUAAAACACGUGAGGGGUGCCCACACCCCUCAGUGGUAUGACAUUGCACUUUUCAAAUAAUAGUAAAUGCAUUUACCACCAAAACAUUGCACAUCUAAAUGUUGGCCCAACGAAGUGGAACACAGCAAUCAACACGCUUAUAGUUUAGAAAAUACAAAAUAACUGAAAAAAUCUUAACGUGGAUACCAGCUGCUGGCGUUCAGUGUAAACAAACCUAGGUUGUUUUGAGUUUGCGGCUGUUCUGAGGAGAUGCCUGAAGUGCAAAGUUUCGAGAAGAUGCCAAAACAACUCAAGGAAACGAUGAGUUUACCACCUCCUGGGAGAUGGAGCUGGAAUGAUGAAACUCAAACCCUGGAGUUUGUUUGUAUUAAUACAUCUGUGGCGAUUAAAAAGAAGAGAAAAAAGACAACAUCUACAUACCAAGAGUCUUUUAGGAAGCAUCUAGAAAGGAUCUCACAAAGCAAGCCGUCAGCCAGAGGAGGGCACUGUGGUCUCAGGAAAACUGUGGGACCAGCUGAGCUGAAUGCCUACAAGUCUGCUGUCAAACGCUCACAAAGGGGCUCAGUUACAAUCGAGCAUGUUAAACAGGUGGCAGUCUCAUUAGUGCAGGAAAAUGAAGCGCUGCCCAUUCCACUUUGCUUUAUGACUGUGAUUAAGAGUCGAGAGAUGGAUGACCUCCUGGCCAGUCUCUUGCUGUACCUCUACUACCACUUGGAGAAGAAAGCUCUGGAGGAGCGUCCCAAGCCCCACAUGGCGGAGCAGAGUGUGACGGAGAGGCAGGUGAUGGCAGAGACAAGUGCUAAAUUGGACCUGGCCAAGAAGCAUCUGGCCUUCUGUUACUCCAGUCUGGUGUUGGGGCUGGGCCUGUCUCAACAUCAUCACAUGGCCUGUGGCAGGAGCAGGGUGUCAUCCACUUACAGAGACAGGCAGCUCUAUGAGUGUCUGUACAGCUUCUUUAGCUAUGUGGCAUGGGUUACCUUUGGAAGGAGGGACCUGAAGGGAAUCCAGGGUGAGAUUGGUCGCUUGUUCCGAUCUGACACAUUUAAUCCUGCCCUGAGAGUUGAGAAGGAGGAGCCGGAGCAGGACGAGGAGGAGCAGGAGAUCACCCAGACAGAGGGCCAGUCUGAGCCUGACGAGUCCAGACAAACUGUCCCGGCCAACAGGAAAUCUAAGCGGCGGCCGGCCCGGGGCAAUAUUGUGACCCAGCGCUCACCCCUCAUGGUGUCCCUUCUUCCUUCCCCGAAAGAAAAAGCCCCUCAUUUGUUCCAGAGAUCCUGCAGCCACACACAGCAGCCACCUAAACUUAGAGAGACUGAGGUUCUAAUGGAGGAGCUCAGUCAACAGCUAGCCUCCCUCAGCUUUGGGGUACUGGGAAAGCCUCUGAGCCAGUUCAGCUGCACCACACUGAUGCCUCAUGGAGCAAAGGACGAGGGUGAAGAGGGAGACAAUGAAGACAACUCUGAGGAAGAUGAAAAUGAAAGCACAGUGGAGCAUGGAGCACAUGUUAUGGGGAGCAAGACUUCCUUCAUGGCCCGGAGAUCCAUCACAGCAACAGCAGGCAAACGCAGCAGCCUAAGCCGGGCUAACACUUCCAGAGCCACCACAGAGGUGCUGUCAUCAGACACAGACUGACCAUCACUGCGUGUGUGUGGUGUGUCCAGUUGUAGUUGUUUACAUGAAACAUUAAAUAACUUUUAAAUUGCAUUAUUACAAAGUUAUUAAGUCAAGGAGUUAAUAAUAAAGCAAUAAGCCAUUAAAGCCUGUGCGUUACUGUGAUUUUAUCAUGAUUUUAUCCCUUCCCUGUGAUAAAACCACAGGAA